UAUAACCACGUGAUUUUCAUCACAAUCUACAAGCAAAAGCAUGUGUAGGUUAGCUCAUAAACCAGCUUUUAAAUUUUUUAAAAUCAAACGCAAUUUACUGAAAACAGUUUUAUUUAAUAAGUUAUAAUUGUGAUAAAAACAAAACAAGAUGACAAUUAUUGAGUACAUACAGACACUCUCAGACAACCCUUACUUUGGAGCAGGUUUUGGUUUAGCAGGACUAGGUGUUGGUGCAGCUUUUCUACGAAAAGGAUCACAAGUUGCGACUGUUCUUUUCAAACGUCAUUAUAUGAUAACCUUAGAAGUUCCAUGUCGUGAUAAAAGUUAUCAAUGGUUACUUCAAUGGAUAACACACAAAGGUGCUCGUAAAACUCAACAUUUAUCUGUAGAAACUAGUUUUGAAUUGAAAGAAACUGGUCAUGUUAAAACAAAAUAUGAUUUUAUACCCAGUAUUGGUACCCAUUUUUUCAAAUAUAAAGGAAAUUGGAUAAAAGUUCAAAGAACACGAGAGCAACAGACACUAGAUCUACAUAUGGGAAUUCCAUGGGAAACUGUUCAAUUAACAGCAUUAGGAAAUAAUAAGAGUAUUUAUUUUGAUAUUCUUGAAGAAGCACGUCAAAUGGCACUAAAAGAACAUGAAGGCAAGACAAUAAUGUACACCGCCAUGGGAAGUGAGUGGCGUCAAUUUGGUCAUCCACGUAAAAAACGUCCAUUAGAUUCAGUUGUUCUGGGAGACGGAAUAGCUGAGAGAAUUCUAAAUGACUGCAAAGAAUUUAUUAACAAUCCUGGAUGGUACAGCGAUCGAGGAAUACCUUAUCGACGUGGCUAUUUGCUGUACGGUCCUCCUGGAUGCGGCAAAUCCUCAUUCAUUACUGGUCUUGCUGGUGAAUUAGAGCGCGGAAUUUGUGUAUUAAAUUUGUCCGAACGAGGACUUACGGAUGACCGUUUAAACCACCUUCUUGCUGUUGCACCACAGCAGACAAUAAUUCUUCUCGAAGAUAUUGAUGCAGCUUUCAAAGAUCGUUCUCAAGAUACUCACACUAAAACUGCCUACGAAGGCCUGAAUAAUUUAACAAUGAGCGGAUUAUUAAAUUGUCUUGAUGGCGUUGCUUCAACGGAAGCAAGAAUUUUAUUUAUGACAACAAAUUAUAAAGAAAAAUUAGACGCAGCUCUCGUAAGACCCGGGAGAGUUGACGUUAAAGAAUAUAUUGGUUACUGUAGUAUAAGUCAAGUUGAAAAAAUGUUUUUACGAUUUUACCGUGGCCCUGAUCAAACCAAAGCUCAUGAGCUAGCUAAAGAAUUUGCUCAGGGUGUUGCUAAUCAUGGGAAAGAUGUUAGUCCAGCACAAAUACAAGGUUUCUUUAUGUUUUAUAAAAAUAGUCCAGAAGAAGUAUUAAGCAAUAUCUCACAAAUAUGGGAAUUAACUAAGUAGUAAUAAUAAUUAUUAUUACUGUUUUUGAUAAUUUAUACAAGUUAUUUAUUAUUUGCAUUGAGUACUGUUUUAAUACAAAAAAAUACAAGUUUAUUGGAAUAUUUUUUUAAAUUUAUUUUUAUUUUCAUUUAUGUAAAAAAUUAUCACGUAGUGAUCUAUCACUAUUUAAUACUCACGAAUAUUACUACACAAAUAAAUAAAUCAAUGUGGUAAAUAACAAAAUUUAUUAUUUUUAAAAACUACACUGGUCACAAAAAUUAAGGGAUAUAAAAAAAAUUCAAAAUUUUCGAGUGAUUUUCAACAUGCUGUGGCAGUGUUACAACUCUACUCACAACAUAUCUACUCAAGGGAAGUAGAUAAAACUCUACUCACUCACAACUUUACUCAGCCUCAACUCUACUCACAGUUUUUUUUACUCAGGUUCAACUCUACUCAGUUAUAUCUUUACUCAGCUACUAUUGUACUCACAAAGAAUUGCUAUUUUAUCAAUAGGCUAAAAUACGUGAGUAGAGUUGUAGCUGAGCCUAGUUAAACCUGAGUAAAGAUACAAUUGAGUAGAGUUAAACCUGAGUAAAAAAAACUGUGAGUAGAGUUGAGGCUGAGUAAAGUUGUGAGUGAGUAGAGUUGUAUCUACUUCCCUUGAGUAGAGAUGUUGUGAGUAGAAUUGUAACACUGCCCAUGCUGUAGCUCGGUAAAAAAUGGUCGUUGAGUAAAAACAAAAAAAGCAAAUUGUAGCCUCAAGUUUCUAGUUUUCAGAUCUGGACUUCAAAAUUUUUUUAUCGCGCACGGUUCCGGAGUAAUUCUAAGAAAACCGACGCAAAAAAAAUUUUCUAAAUUUUUGCUUGUCUUCAAGAAAGUCUAUGGGCUUCAAUAAAUUUUUUUUGAUAAUCUGACCUUAUGACUCUUUUAAGAAAUUUUAUGCCCUUUAAUUUUCCGCCCUCAAAAAGCCUCUACGACCAUUUGGCGCCGAGUUAUCAAUGACUUUUUAUAUCCCUUAAUUUUUGUGACUAGUGUACAUUCAUUAUUACAAUUAAAAUUUUUAAAACUUUAGUACGUAAAAAAAAGUACGAAUGUGUGAUUAAAAUUAAUGAUAUGUCAAUAUUUACAUAUUUUCCUGUUAUAGUUUCCCGGAAAAGAAUAACUUAGAUUUACGUAAAUCUAAUUUUGUUUAUGAUUUAGAUCUGCGAUCUACGAAGAUUCAAAUUAAAAUAAAGCAAAUUAUAAAAUUGAGAAUUUUAAAUUAUAUUUUGAUUUGAAAAGAAGACUUGGAGCUUUGGGAGCAUUCGGAAAUGCUCCGGCUCUAAUUCUAGCGAAGCGUCGCCAUAUCCUCCUCAGUCCCGGGGCAUCAUUUUGUUUGCUAUUUGAAUAAUUUUUUAUAAGUCUACUUAUGGACCUUUUAAGAAGCAAAAAAACAUAUUUUUUAUCAUUCAUGCAAUAUAAGUGCUAUCUUGGCGCACGCUCUUUUGUUCGCCAAAUAGCUGUUUGCCCAUUCAACUGUUUCCACGACAUUUGUGUGCGUUAAACGAUUAUCUGCGUGCGACAAGUAAAUUUGAGUGCGACAAGUAAACUUGUCGCACUCAAAUUUACUUCUUGUCGCAUGCAGAUUAUCGUUUAACCCACAAAAAUGUCGCGGCAACAGUUGAAUCAGCAAAAAGCUACUUGGAGAAUAAAACAGCGAGCACUAAGAUAGUACUUAUAUUGCAUUAAUGAUAAAAAAAACUGUGUUCAAUUCGUGCGGUGUUGUCGAUUACCCACUCGAGCGAAUGAGCGCACUCACUUCGUUCGUGCGCUCAACUUCGCUCUCGUGGGCAAUCGACAACUUGCCGCACUAGUUGUACAAUAUACUAUUAUAUUUUUUCUAAUUUAUAGAUUUUUAAGUCAUCUAUUUGAAAGCUGUAGCAAUAAUUAUUUUUAUGGUCCAGCAAAUAGCUGCUAGUUGCCAAUAAUGCCAAUGCUGGCAAAAUUGUCCCCUAUACGGAGCGUCAGGAUCAAAGAGGAUGUAGCAAAAGCUAGAGCUAGAACAUUUCCGAGUGCACCCUUUGUAAAAAAUAAAAAAAAUUUGAAAAAUUAUAUAGAUCUAACGAGAUCUAUACACUAUAAAAAAUUUGCGGAUUAAAUCCCAAGUGAAUGCGCAGAGGAUGACUGAGUAUUUAUUUAAUCUCCUUGGAGUGAAAUUCACUUAGAAGGGGAGUUUGUUUUAGUAUGGAAACUCGGGUUCGAAGUAAAAUUCACUCCUAAAAAAAGUUCAGUUUAAUAUUGAACUCCGAAUUGGAAUGAAUGUAGAUUUAUAUGAAAUCCAGAUCACUCCGAAAUUACUCCGCUGAAAAAACAAACUCUUUACUCCGUAUGCGAAGUGAUUUUUUUUUUAAACUCCGAAAUUUCGGGUUCCACCAUAAUAUCUCCCCAUGACAAAAUCUCCACACGAGAAAAUCGCUCCAGGACAAAAUCCGUUGAACACGAUCUCUAUAAACGAGAUCUUAUAAUAAUCUAUGUAAUUAUAAUGAUUUCUACACUUACGACUGGAAUCGUAUUCAGGUUUUUUUCACAUUUUAUAUGUAUAUCAUAAAUAAAUAGAAUGUGUUACAGAUACAUGUAUAAAAUCAUGGGAAAUUCUCAGCCCAAAUUUGACAUCAUCGUCAAUUGCAGGAACUGGACGUAAACUUACUGUGAAGUUAAUCAAAAUCACUGAACGUCAAAUUUUUGAAGUGAUAGUAUGGCCAGCAGGGAUUGGACUGAUGAAAAUAAUUUUAGAAAUUUUAUCCUGGAGAGAUUUUGUCCAGAGAGAUAAAGUCGUGUUACCGAAAUUCCGAGUGAUGCAGUGAAUUCGUAUUGAAUUUAAAUCCGUAAUCACUGCGAAUUCACUCCCGAUUUUUUACAGUGGAUAAAUCUGAGUAGAUCUAUUAAUAUUAUUAUAGAUCUAAAAAAUAAAAAAAUUAAAUUUUGUUGAUUUUAGUCAGAUCUCGUUAGACAUAAAAUAUUUUCCCCGGAAAAAACUAGAUUUAAGUAAAUUUGUAUCGUGAAAUUUUAAAUUUCAGUAUAAAAUACUUUUCCAUAUAUAUAGAUAUAUAUAUAAAUUUUAAAAAUAAUAAACUGAUUAUCAGUGACAUUAAAUAUUAAUUAAUAUAAAA